AGGGGGCUGACGGCGGACCCCUUUGCAUGCCUCACCCCUGCUCGCCUCCCUGCAGGAGGAGGUGGAUUUUCAUCGGCUUGGCUGCCUUUGCCCUCACUUCCCCCCCCAGUCAUGGUGGGUCACCUUCACCUGCAAGGAAUGGAAGAAAGCCUGAAAGAGAAGAACCGGGAAGGUUUGCUGGACAGCCCGGAUUCCGGGCUGCCUCCCAGCCCCAGCCCCCCCUUUUACUCCUUGUCUCCGAGCAUCGGCGAAAACAGAGCAGGGGGCAGCGGCGUGGCCGCAGAUAUCCCAGAACACGGGCACAGGAAGGAGGCUAAAGAGGGGAAAGUGAUCCCGUACCUUCUUCUGAAUGCAUCCACGUCGGAUAUGAGGCCUCGGAUGUAUCCUGUGUUUUUUGGCGAAAGCAUAGAGGUCAACCCUGAACCAGAGCAAGAAAUUAGGUGCAACUCUGAGGUGAAAUAUGGCUCCGAGCGCCAUUACAAGGACGACGUAUUCUGUUGCCCGAUGCCCACCGUCACCACCUACAGUGAGACCGUCAUCGCCGCCCCCAAUUGCACGUGGCGGAACUACAAGUCUCAGCUCAUCUUCGAGCCGCGCCAGAAGCCCCUCAGGUUCCAGAGUACGACCAUCAUCUUCCCAAAACACGCAAAGAACAUUUACCGGACCACUCUCAACUAUAGCCUGGGAUGUGCCAAACGCUGGUUUGCGUCAAGUGUGCAGCUAGAGCUCUGUGAGGAGAACAGCCCCUGCAUCAUCUACACCGGGCAUCUUUAA